GUCUGAUUGUCGGGUCACGUGCGUGUGCGAAUUCGUGGAACGCACCGCGCUGCGUAUAUGUUGCAGGCAUCGUCAGUCGUAAGCUGCGUGUGUGCUUGCAAGCAUAUCUGACAGACAUCCACUUGACAACUCCUUUCCCAGCACCUUUCCACCUCACAGUGGUCCGUCAGCAGGCUCGAAAGUGAAAUGGCUUCAGAAUCUGAGCACAGUGGUGUAUGCCACACAGCUGGUGAAGACACUGCCGUGCGGCGUACGAGCAUUGACCACAUGCCUGAUGAGAUAAUGAUAAACAUCUUCUCUCACUUGUCUUUCAGUGAGCUACUGGACGUGGUACGGAAAGUGUGCCGUCGUUGGAGAAAGCUGUCACGAGAUUCGAAGUUGUGGGCUGAUAAGGAAUACCAUGUCGGGGUCUCGAGGCAUUGCAACUCAAAGAACUGUAAGAGUGGCAGGACUGAACGGGAGGCAAUACGGAUCUUCCGCAGUGCCCGAAGCCUGCGUAAAGUACACAUUUGGCGCACUGUCAACUGCCACCUCAUCGAAGUCCUCUGCAACAAAUGCCGGAGACUCACAGAUCUCCACCUGCACGCCGCCCAGGAGCUCAGCUACUCAACGGUGAUGGAUUUGGUCGAGCAAUGCUCCAGGAUACAGACGCUGAGGGCAUCUGACGAACUGCUGAAGACCGAGAGAGCUUCAGUGGCAGUAUCUCGACUACAGCACCUCCGUGUGCUGCGUCUGCAAGAGACACACGUAUUCAAUAUUCGUGUCGUGCGUCCCUUUGUGCUGAGACCUCUGGCUGACGGGUGCCCCCGACUAGUAGAGAUUGACUUCGGGCAUUUGUUUGUCAGUAUGGAUGAUCUGAAGUACUUUCUGAAUGCCAAGAAGAACACCCUCAAGUCCUUACGAAUAAAGUGGUCAAUGGAUGGAACGAGGUGCCUCUUAUCGUUGCUGCCAGUAUAUGCUGACAGCUUGGAAUGUCUGGAACUUUACGAGUACGACAUAGCCCACGACUUAGCCAGAGAGGCAUUCACUACUGUCGGAAGCUUAAGGAACUUGCAGGAACUCUGGAUGUCCGUCCCCGAUCAAGUACCACCCGGAGCAGCUGCUCUGGCUUUUACGAAUGGAGGACUGCAAGAACUGAAAGUGCUGGGUCUACCAUACGGGUGUGGCGUGGAAGAUAACACAGUAAUUGCCAUCAGCCGUGGAUGUCCCACUUUGCGGCAGCUCUCCAUCACUCACACUACGAAGCUGUCGCCUGCUGCCUUCUCGGAGAUCGAACGUCUGGAACAUCUCGAAGUACUAGAUGUGACAGGUUGCAAAAGACUCGGCGGAGCCCUAUUCCCUCACCUCGUCGGGCUACCACGACUUCACACAUUGCGAGUGGGUGCCAUGUAUUUUGGUACCACGUAUGUUACAGGGUUGCAGCCAGGUGUGGUCAGCAUCCUUAAAUUGUCAGGUUUGCGCUGCCUGACACUCGAUUAUUCGACUGUUACUGGAAUGCCUUUUGAUAAGUUUCCAGAGAAUCUCGUCAGUCUCAGGGAGCUGAGUGUCGAAGGGUGCCAAGGUGACCCCAAAGCCACAGACAGGCUGACCGAGCAGAUGCCUAAUCUCGUAAUUCGUGGCAACAUCCAUGCUAGGCUACAGCUUUUCGACUUUGGGGCACCUGAAGACAACAGAGUCAAUGCAGACGGACAUUCGGAGAGUGACGAAGACAGCGACAGUGGUAGUAGUGUCGGCAGCAGUGACAGUGAGAGAGGGUGAGAGAGGUGUAUCUGUGUGUAUAAAAGUGUUGUGGAAUUUAUAGGAAAGUACAAUUGUCAGUACUGAUUACAUUCCUUGUCGACAUAAGCAGAAACUGUUUUGAAGGAAUAUAACAAGUAAUUUUGGAAAUGUAUAGAAGAAACUGUAAUGUUGUUUGAAUACUUGCUGCAAUAAUCUACAGUUACAUUUGAUUCUUGUUGUAACAACAAUGGAUUUGCAAUGACACAAUUUCUUUAAAUGAUAAAAUGGCAACACAGAUCAGGUAGCAAUUCGUAAAUAGCACUGACAAUGUUUUUUUUGCAGUAAGUCAUAUUUAAAAACUUCUGUAUUAUUAUGAACCUGUGAAACAAUAAUAAAU